GUACUACGACAAUCUUUGGACAGACUGGGUCUAAGGAACAUUGGCAUCAUCGCUGCGGAUGGAGAUUGGAACAUUUCAAUGGAGAUGAUAGUUGAUCCCUAUCUUAAUGAUGCUGUUGAGGUAGUCGGGGCUCACUAUCCUGGAACAAAAACAGUGCCAAAUGCCUUAUUAACUAAGAAGAAACUGUGGUCUUCAGAAGAUUACAGUACUUUCAAUGAUGAAGUAGGUGCAGGCUGCUGGGCUCGGAUCCUGAACCAAAACUACGUGAAUGGAAACAUGACCUCAACCAUUGCAUGGAACUUGGUGGCUAGUUAUUAUGAAGAGUUGCCCUUUGGUCGAUGUGGAUUAAUGACAGCGCAAGAGCCAUGGAGUGGCCACUACAAAGUAGAAGCUCCUAUCUGGAUUACAGCACACACAACACAAUUUACUCAGCCAGGCUGGUCAUAUUUGCAAGUGGAUGGACACUUAGAAGGAGGUGGCAGUUUUGUAGCUCUGACAGAUGGCCUAGGAAACCUUACCAUCAUCAUUGAAACUAUGACUCAUAAUCACUCUCAAUGUAUUAGGCCUCCACUGCCUCAUUUCAGUGUGACACCUCAGAGAGCAACUUUCUACCUCAAAGAGUCAUUUUGUAUGGUGGAAACCUUUCAAGUGUGGCAUUCUAAACUUGGUUUUGAAUCUGGAAACUCUAGUCUUUUCCAGCAACUCCAUCCUGUAAAGGUGUGGAAUGGAAGUUUUUCUUUAGAUCUAAAUGUGGAUGAAGUGUACACUUUAACCACACUCAAGACAGGGCAGAAAUGUGGUUUUCCAGAGCCUCCACCACCUCAGCCCUUUCCUUCAAGUUACAAAGACGAUUUCAAUAUUCGUAAUCCACCUUUCAGUGAAGCUCCAAAUUUUGCAGAUCAGACAGGUGUAUUUGAAUACUUCAUAAAUGGUUCUGACCCAGGAGAUCAUGUGUUCACACUCCGCCAGGUGGUGGUUCAGCGACCCAUCACUUGGGCUUCUGACGCAGACCAGACCAUCAGUCUCAUAGGAAAUUUUCAGUGGGUAAACAUGACAGUCACUUGUGACAUCUACAUAGAAAAACAACGUGAUGGGGGCGUGUUUAUUGCAGGAAGAGUCGACAAUGGUGGGAUAUAUGUUCGACGUACCAAAGGAGUUUUCUUCUGGGUUUUUGCAGAUGGCACCUACAGAGUCACUAGUGACUUAGCUGGAGAAGAAAUAUUAAUGAAGGGACUUUCUGGUGUCCGGGAUAAUGCGUGGCACACACUUAGUCUCAACAUUCAGGGCACUUCUGCCUCAGGACUGUUAAAUGGUUACCCGCUCUGGGAGAAUGUCACCAUUUCUAAACCAAGUAACGGCUGGGCUGCUAUUGGGACGCGCUCGUUUGAGUUUGCACAGUUUGACAACUUUCAUGUUGAAGCUAGCUGA